GACGCUGAGCCCAGGUCCUGAGCCUGCGGGGUGCUGGGAAACCUCAGGUCAUGGCUCAGAAACCGCUGGGCUCCGCCGCCGCAGAGCGCAUGAACUUUGUGGCGCAGGACGAGAUCUGGCAAACUCCUCCUCAUCCUUCAGUACCCAAAUCAGAUGACCCCUCCUCUGUGAACUGGGUCUUCGUAAGAGCUUGGACUGUGCUGUCCAAGUCCAACAAGGCUAUUAAUCACUUGGAAUGUACCUGGUCCAAACUGGUAUUUGCUAUCAGUAUAAAAUACACGACAGAUUCCAAAGAUUCAUCCAAAAAAAGGAAAUACCGUCUGAAGGCUGAGUCUGAAGCACGGAAAAACUGGGCCCAGAACUGGGGAUUCUUAACGACCCCUUUAGAGGAGCUGAUCAAGGGUGAAGAAGAAUCCCACACCCCAAAGCCCAGAAUCCAGCUUCCGGAGCGUUUCCACAUCCGGCAAGGGACCCCUGUGGAGAAAUACAUCAAGGUCCUUCCGUCCCCCCCAGUCCCGCAGACGACCCAGGGCUUCAUCGGCUGGAGGUCCACGGUGCCAGGCCUGAACAAGUGCCUGGAACUUGACUAUGAGAUCAGAAGCUGCAAAGGCGCCUACGCCCGGGAGCUGGGCUGGCCUAAGCAAGGCAUCUACUGAGCCCGCGGCCUCCGCCCGCCAGGCAGUGAACAGGGACCAGCUGGCCCCUGGGGCCUGCCCAGGCGAGGAACCCUGCGUCCUGAGCAUGGAGUGCCCUCGUCUUGCUCCUCCGAUGCUGCAAAGAACACAAAGGCUGCCUUAGACAUUCUCAAUUCAUUGGUGCCUCCAUUCUGGAAUGUAGCAUUCCUGUUUUUGGCUAAUAUAACAAGAUUCCCUGA